GUUUUCUGCACCAGUGUUGAAAUAGGAAAGGAACAACUUUGCAGAAUUUGCUUCCAGCUUCAUUGGGAAAGAGGCAGCUUCUUACAUGAGGGGACAGUUUCCUGGAGUACCUGUUUGUUGCUCUAGUUUUUUCGUGGAUCCUCAUUUGCUGCCAUUGUGCUAAAUGACUCCAUUUGGAGUCAGGAAUCACCGGGUCACUUUGUGUGUUCAGGGCUGGAGGAACGGAAAGGUGUGAAACUGCCUGAGGGGGAAGUCAGUCGUUCUGGGAAGGUGCAAUGGAUUUACUGAAGGAACUGAAAAGCAUGCCUAUGACUUUGGAUUUACUGCAGUCCACCCGCAUUGGGAUGUCAGUGAAUGCACUGAGGAAGCAGAGCACAGAUGAAGAAGUGAUAUCACUUGCCAAAUCCCUCAUCAAAUCUUGGAAGAAACUUCUAGAUGCUUCUGAGGAAAAAAAUGAGGAGAAAAAGAAAAGCCUGUCCUUGCCAACAUCUUCCUCCAAGGAGACUGGUAACUCAAGAGACCAAAGCUCCAACAAAAGGCAGGAGCCUCCAAAGACUCCGACCACCCCCAAAAUCACCACCUUCCCUCCGGCCCCCAUCACCUGCGACGCUGUGCGCAACAAAUGCAGGGAGAUGCUGACAGCAGCUCUGCAGGCUGAUGACGACUACAUCGCCAUCGGCGCUGACUGCGAGCACAUAGCGGCCCAGAUUGAAGAGUGCAUCUACCAGGAUGUCAAGAACACUGACAUGAAAUACAAAAACCGCGUGAGGAGCCGCAUCUCCAACCUGAAGGACUCCAAAAAUCCUGAGCUGAAAAAGAACGUGCUGUGUGGGGCCAUCACCCCUGAGCAGAUCGCGGUGAUGACCUCGGAGGAAAUGGCCAGUAAUGAGCUGAAAGAGAUCAGGAAAGCCAUGACAAAAGAAGCAAUCCGGGAGCAUCAGAUGGCCAAGACAGGAGGGACACAGACUGACCUCUUCACCUGUGGAAAAUGCAAGAAGAAGAACUGCACCUACACCCAGGUGCAGACCCGCAGCUCCGAUGAGCCCAUGACCACCUUUGUCGUGUGCAACGAGUGUGGGAAUCGCUGGAAGUUCUGCUGACAUGUGCCAUGGCCCAAGAGCGGCAGCCAAAUGCAGACCCGAGCGCAGCCUCCACACGCCGGCUCCCACGGCAAUUGUGUUUUGUGUCCCAGUGAGUUUGCAUUGUCACACUCUGAGAGCAGCAGCGGGGAGGCCUGGGCCUCGCAGAGAGCCACAGCCCUGGGCUGACAGGUUGGCAGGAGAGCUCACUAAACACACCCAGUCAUUACUUUCUCAUCUAAGCGAGUACGGUCACUUUCUCUUCAAAACUAAUAUUAAACAUUUUUGUCAGUUUCUGACUUUUAUUUCAA